AGCGAAUCAUUUUCCACAACGCCACCAGAUACAACCCUUCGGUUUAGUUUAUAAUUUGCGUCUCUACCAUUUACCAAAUACCAUUCCAUUUCCACACACAUCUUCUUUGUUUGUGAAAAGGCAAAUCAGAAGACGAUGAGCAACGGCGGUGGUGGCGUAACAAUGAAGAUAAAGCACAAAACAAAAAUCGUAUGCACGCUCGGACCCGCCUCCAGAUCCAUUGAUAUGCUGGAGAAGCUAUUGAGGGCUGGCAUGAACGUCGCCCGAUUCAAUUUUUCUCAUGGAUCUCACGAGUACCAUCAGGAAACUCUCGAGAAUCUCAAGGCUGCCAUGCUUAACACUGCUACUCUCUGUGCCGUCAUGCUCGACACCAAGGGACCCGAGAUUCGAACUGGUUUCUUGAAGGAUGCAAAACCCGUGCAGCUAAAACAAGGCCAAGAAAUAACUGUAUCUACCGAUUAUAGCAUCAAAGGGGAUGCAAAUAUGAUCAGCAUGAGCUACAAAAAGUUGGCUGAGGAUGUUAAGCCUGGAAUGGUUAUACUUUGUGCAGAUGGAACUAUCUCAUUUACGGUUUUAUCAUGUGACAAAAAAGCAGGUUUGGUUCAAUGCCGGUGUGAGAAUUCCGCCGUUCUCGGUGAGAGGAAAAAUGUGAAUCUUCCUGGGGUUAUUGUGGAUCUCCCUACCUUGACUGAGAAAGACAAGGAAGAUAUCUUGAAGUGGGGAGUUCCCAAUCAAAUUGACAUGAUUGCUCUGUCUUUUGUGCGGAAAGGCUCCGACCUUGUUGAAGUCAGGAAGUUGUUGGGGCCUCAUGCUAAGAAUAUCCUUCUCAUGUCAAAGGUUGAAAAUCAAGAGGGUGUUGCAAAUUUUGAUGAUAUCUUGGCAAAUUCGGAUGCAUUUAUGGUGGCGCGUGGUGACCUCGGUAUGGAAAUUCCAAUUGAGAAGAUUUUUCUAGCACAGAAAGUGAUGAUUUACAAGUGCAACAUUCAAGGAAAACCAGUUGUGACUGCAACCCAGAUGCUGGAGUCUAUGAUCAAAUCCCCGCGGCCAACUAGAGCUGAAGCCACCGAUGUUGCCAAUGCGGUCCUUGAUGGAUCCGACUGUGUCAUGCUGAGUGGUGAGACAGCUGCUGGGGCGUAUCCAGAACUUGCUGUGAGGACCAUGGCAAAAAUAUGCAUAGAAGCAGAAAGCACAUUGAACUAUGGAGAUGUCUUUAAGAGAAUAAUGGAACACUCACCUGUGCCGAUGAGCCCGUUAGAGAGUCUGGCGUCGUCGGCGGUGAGAACAGCCAUGUCUGCGAAAGCAUCUCUUAUAUUAGUGCUGACGAGAGGAGGAAGUACUGCGAAAUUGGUGGCUAAAUACAGACCUGGAAUUCCUAUUCUGUCAGUGGUGGUUCCUGAGGUGCAGACAGAUUCGUUUGAUUGGUCGUGUAGCAAUGAAGCGCCUGCAAGGCAUAGCCUGAUAUUUAGGGGGUUGGUACCAGUUUUGUAUGCAGGAUCUGCUAGGGCAUCACAUGCAGAGACUACAGAAGAAGCAUUGGAUUUUGCCUUGGAACAUGCCAAGGGGAAAGGAGUCUGCAAGAUUGGGGAUUCUGUUGUGGCUCUGCAUCGUAUUGGAACUGCAUCAGUAAUCAAGAUCAUUUACGUCAAGUGAUCUUGCUGUUUUCUGACAUUAUUUUUGUGUUGCUUUCUCAUAUUAUGAACCUCGGAAUGUUAUAAUUUUAAUCAACAAUUUUUGGAUCUUUAUCGUGAUUUCUAUAUCAGCUGAAGAACUGUUUUGGUGAAAGAGCAUGGCAUGUUCACCUUGUUUUAUGAACAAACCCGGCCGUUAUAAAUUUAAAUUGGCAGUGAUUGAUUGAUUCUUUA